CGCCAAAUGAGCGCCCAACAAGAACGACAUUGCCAGUUCCCAAACGGCCAAACCUCUUCGUUUUCCAGGUCGCAGCGAGAUGAAAAACUUGUACUCUCUGGCAUAAAAAACCUCACUCUCCCUACCUCGAUUUUGAAUUUCAAAUUUCUCCAAAGAGGAAAAAAAAUCGAAACAAUGUCAACAACCAAAGCCAGAACCAAAAAGCGAGGAUCCGAGUCCUCGCUAGUCAAAUCGGAUCCAAAAACCCGACUUGUCGAUGAUUUCGAUCCCGAUCUUUCCAGCGAUCUCAAAGGGAUUAUGUCGGCACUGCAACAGAUCAAAGAGAAAGCACAGAAGGACGGUCAAAAGAAGAACGAAGAGACGAUUUCUAGUGUGGCUGCUGAGAUAAGGUCUAAGCUCGAUGAACUGAAGUCCAAAUUUGAGAAGGAAAGACAAACUUUUGCUAAGGCACUUUCAAAGAGCUCAAAAGAGUGUGAAAACUGCUUGAAGAAUGAGACUGCUAAGUUCCAAGAGGUUUAUGAGAAAUUCUGCAAAGAAAAAGCUGCCCAUCUGCAGGCCUUGAAAGAUACUAUUUCCAGAUUUGAGGAAGACAAAGAAAGGCUGUUUGUGCGAUAUGAACAAUUGAGGAAAAAAGAGAAGAACUUGAUAUCUGAGCAAGAGAAAUUCUGUGCUGAUAAAAUUGCUCAGUUGGAGGAGUCCUUGAAGAAAAAGAAACAGGAUGACAGAACUUUCAGCAUUUUGAGGAAAACUCUAGGUUCUUUUCUGGACAAUGGGUCGGAUGAAGACUUCCCUCCUGAAGAUUGAAAGGUUUGUUUCAAAAUGCAAAUACAGAAAACAUCUUACUCAGAUAACCUUUUCAUCCUUUGGAAUGUGUAGCUUCUGAUUUACAGCAUUUAAAACUUCCCAUGCAUUUCUACUUAAGAACAUAAACACAAAAACCAAAGUUAAUUACUUGUAGGCCAUCGAGAGUCAUCUUCCCUUUAAGGCUCUGAAACUGUUGUAAAAAAUGAUUUCUUUUGAGUUUCAAUGCAUCCCUUACCAAAUUAGAAA